ACACGCCAUAUGGAAAAGUACCGGUUUUGGAAGUUGAUGGAAAACCUGUCGCCCAAACCAACGCAAUCGCUAGAUAUCUGGCAAAGCAAUUCAAGCUACAGGGAUCAGAUGACUGGGAAAUAUUACAAGCCGAUUCAUUAGUUGAGGCCUUAGGAGACUACAACUUAAGUUCGAUGCGACUAUUUAGAGAAGAAAAUCCUGAGAGAAUUGCAGAAAUUAAGAAGGAACAAGCGUUUUACUUGGCCAAGUUUGAGGAAGUUUUAUCCUCAAAUCCAUCAGGUUUAUUAGUUGGAUCUGCGGUAACUUGGGCUGAUUUAGUUUUUGCUGCAACCCUUUCAUCAAGACCUGACCAAGUGGAUGCUCUGAAAUCAUACCCCGCUUUGUCAGCGUUUGUUAAUAAAAUCAAUAAUCUUCCCAACAUUAAAAAAUGGGUGGAAACGAGACCUAAGAGCGACCCUCCUCCAACAGGUCCACACCACAAACGAUAAAAUAAUGUAUUUUUCAAUGUUGUUAAAUAUUUGAAGCAAAUAUAGUACCUAUUUACA